AUGGCAAUGAGUGAUCGAGGGGAUCCUGAGGAACCUCAGACUGUGCGGGACGGUGCCGUCCUUCCAACAGAUAAGAGGUUUUCCUGUCCUGAGUGUUGGAAGUGUUUCCGCUUGAAAUCCAAACUUAAUGUGCACAAAAGAACUCACACAGAGGAGAAGCCGUAUUCCUGUCCUGAGUGCGGGAAAUGUUUUUCAGAGAAGUCCACUCUUAACACACAUAUAAGAUCGCACACAGGUGAUAAACCAUAUUCGUGUCCUGAGUGCGGGAAAUGUUUUUCACAGACGUCCCAUCUUUACAGACAUCAGAGGUCACACACAGGUGAGAAGCCAUAUUCCUGUAUUGAGUGCGGGAAAUGUUUUGCACAUAGAACAAAUUUUGUGGAACAUCAGAGAUCUCACACGGGGGAGAAGCCGUUUUCCUGUCCUGAGUGCGGGAAAUGUUUUUCAACUAAGUCAAAUCUAAACACGCAUCAGAGAUUGCAUACAGGAGAAAAGCCGCAUUCCUGUUCUGAGUGUGGGAAAUGUUUUGUAAAAAAUUCAGUGCUUGUCACACAUCUGAGGUCCCACACAGGUGAAAAACCAUUUUGUUGUCCUGAGUGUGGGAAAUGUUUUUCAGAUAAGUACAGUUUUUUGAAACACCAGAAAUCUCACACGGCAGAGAAGUCGUAUUCCUGUUCUGAGUGCGGAAAAUGUUUUGUACAAAAAUCAGAACUUGUCGCACAUCAGAGGUCUCACACGGGGGAGAAGCCAUUUUCCUGUCCCGAGUGCGGGAAAUGUUUUUCACAAAAGGGCAACCUUUCUAGACAUCAAAGAUUGCAUACAGAAGAAAAGCCGUAUUCCUGUAGUGAGUGUGGGAAAUGUUUUAUACAAAAUUCACAACUUGUCAUUCAUCAGAGGUCUCACACAGGGGAAAAGGCAUAUUGUUGUCUUCAGUGUGGGAAAUGUUUCACAGAGAAGUACAGUUUUAAGAAACACCGGAGAUCUCACAUGGACGUUAAGCCGUAUACCUGUUCCGAGUGCGGGAAAUGUUUUUCACAAAAUUCCGGCCUUUACAAACAUCAGAGAUCUCACACGGGGGAGAAGCCGUAUUCCUGUCCUGAGUGCGGGAAAAGUUUUUCACAAAAGUCCGGUCUCUACAAACAUCAGAUGUCUCACACGGGGGAGAAGCCGUAUUCCUGUUCUGAGUGCGGGAAAUGUUUUUCGCAGAAGUUCAAUCUUUUCACACAUCAGAGAUUGCAUACGGGGGAGAAGCCAUAUUCCUGCACUGAGUGCGGGAAAUGUUUUACAGUGAAGUCUGGUCUUGCCUCACAUCAGAAAUCGCACACGGAUAAGAAGCCACUUUCCUGUAAUGAGUGCGGGAAAUGUUUUUCAAAGAAGUCUGAUCUUUACAGACACCAGAGACUGCACAUGGUGGUGAAGUAACUUUCCUGUCCUGAGUGAGGGAAAUGUUCCUCACUGAAGUCCUGUCUUCCUGUACAUCAGGGGUCCCAC